GCGAAAUACAACGCGGAAGAUUAAUAUGGUCCUCAACUUUUAUUCACGUAUCCAUCCCUCCUCCCAGUAUCUCUUCGGUCUAAUAUGCUUCUGCUGUUUCGUCCCAUAAUGUUAGAAGAGUAAAAGGAAAACGAGGCUACCGAAAUGCAUGAUCAUAGUAAAGAGCACACUGCGCUGGCGCUUUGGCUCAAGGUCUGCUUUCGCAGGUUUAGGCUAGCGCUCAAGGCCGAUCGAACUUAUAAGUUCGUGCAUAUAUUUUUUGAGCUUAUGCUCCUUUUCUGCGCAUGAGGUAAGGUGUUCCGGGCGAUCUUCAUUAUAAAGAGCACACUGUGGCGGUUGCACUCCGAAGAUUGAUUGAUUGAUUGAUUGAUUGAUUGAUUGAUUGAUUGAUUGACUGCUUGCGAUGGGGUAACUUGAGGUGAGAAUAAAGGUGGCACCCUCUGGUGUCUAAAAAGAGAAGAAGACGAUCGACAUCCGGGCUUGGUGUCGGGAGGUCUGAUACGAGUAUCCAACUCCUUUUCGCGGCUUCUCUUACCUUACAUUUAUGGAAAAGCAUUGAGGAGGACACGAACUAACUCUUGUAAAAAAGAAGCACGUGGUCGUUCGUAGCAAUUAUAUAAUUGCAAUUGCAAUUAUAUAAGGGUUUAGGGUUUAUAAUAAUAUUGAUUAUAUAAGAUAUUUAUAAUAAUAUCUGAAACUCUUGUUGUUUGUGCACGUUCACUUUGCAGCAGGACUAGAUGAGUUACACGUAUCUUAUAGAUACAUCGAAACAUUUUUCUAAUCCGAUUGGCUAUUUCUCAACAGACAAGGAGACGGCACGCCUCUCACUUCAGCUAGUAGGGAUUUGAUGCUUCUGCGGCUUUUCAAAUUCAAUUAAGGGUUCCCACGAGAUCGCUUCUUUCAUAUUAAGCAUGAUCUUUGGCCUAUUUUGUUCAAGUAGACUGUGCCUGCGUGAAGAAAAGAUCCUUGGCCUAUUUGAUGUUUCAAGUAGAAAAUGAAAGUAGUGCCUCAGCAGGGAUGUAGUGCGCGUCAUGCUCUAUCGAAUGAAAGAGCGCAUCGAAGUCACUAUAGCAAGAGUGCGUUUAACUAAUAAUGUAGGCUCUAACUGGGGAGUGCCGUAAGCUUCUCAACAUCAUCAUCAAGAUCGUGAAAGUCAACGGUUUACACUCACUGGAUAUUACAAGUGUUUUAAUCUAAUUUAGGAACCAAGUCGUGCGUUCUAUUUGUAGGCUCUAACUCAGUGUAAACGCAGAGAAGAACGCGGAACGAACUGCCGUCGAGAACCCACAGCGCUUAGACGCUGGAGGGGAACAUUGGGGUGGGAUGUCAGGCGUCUCAUCAGCAGCUGAUUAUGAGGACGACUGCUUCAAUGCGAUCUGACUGAAUUCACAACUAAAGAACUGCCUGAAUUGCACUGAUAGAAGAUCUUAGACCUUUUUUCAAAGAGGCGGCUCAUGAUCUCUAGUAGAGGUUUACUAUUAUUUUGUUGGUAAAUCGUUUGCUAUAUCCGAGCCAGAAGUCCUGGCGAGUCGUCUCAACUUUUCCCUCUGAGAUCAUAACUUCAUUCUGAAGUAGAAGAUUGUUUUUUCAAAAUUUAACUACCGAACACUGGAGACCACGUCCACGACCUCUUCAUCACAAGGAGAUUACUCUCUAAUCCAAGGACGCGGAAGACGUCGUGGACCAGGUGAUACGGCUGUCUCAAUCGCUCAAGCGCAGAACCCACGAGGAAAGGAGGAACGCAGAAAGGAGAAAUGCCGCUAAUCGCACUAAGGAUGAUGUUUUCUCCCUGCUUCAGUUAAAGGAAGGUCAUCCUGGCAGCACUCUUUUUUGGAACGGGGAAAGAAACUGCCAGAAUGGUCUGCAUCUAGAGGCCCUUGCGACCGUCCUGGCUCUUAAGACCGUGUAAGGGGGAGUAAUACCUCCUGCCAGGAUGGUCUGCAUCUAGAGGGGAGAAAAAACGCCGUUCAUACAUAGACGUGCCACGUCUGAACAGCACAGACUGGAGGAGGAACGGCAGAGGCAACCUACUAUUCCAGAGGGGCACGCCGCUACAGAGGACCACGAUGAUGGAAAUGGUGAUGCUGGGCACGAAGUAGAACAUGAGGAAGACAGGGAAUAUGAUAGAAGAGGACGCGAGCAAGAUCAAGAAGCUAUGAUGUGCAGGUGAAGGAAAUGUAGAGGCUUAUCUAGUACUGCCAUAGAUACCAAGAAUGGCUGGAGUUUAGAAGUAGGAGCACUGUUAUUAGUGUCUAAAACUGAUGAAUGCACACUGGAAAAGAAAAGCUUAAGUACCACAUGAAGCACAUCGCAUAAGCUUGUUUAUCAGUAGGGCCGUUACGGACUGAAGAUCUUCAACAUACUAUAAUCGUGGAUGGUCGGACUGAAUAUACCCAAACGAAACUAGUAGAAAUAAUGGCUUUAUUAGUUUUAGUAGCAACGAACUAUGGUCAUGGUCAUGGUGGUGAGAUGAGACUGCUCUAUAAUAAUAUAGAUUCAACAUAUUUGGCGUCUUUCUAAUCCCCGUGACGGGACCGAUCAGAUGCAGGAGGAAGAGGAAGAAGAGCAAGAGGACAGGACAGAUAGGACGCGAAGGGGAUCGAGCUCUGGUCAUGUUAAGGCGUCUCUUGUUGAUAUCGACUAACUAACCGAAAAGGAGAAAUGCGCGAGUUAAUGACUGAAAAAGAAGAGUCGCUACUCCAUUCCUCCUCUUUCAGUAUGUCGCCUAUUUUAAGUAGUUACUUGCUUAUUUCAGUUUAUCGGGUACCAGAAUGGCUAUGGACUCCACGGCGACCCCUUCAUGGUUCUACUGAGCUUUUUCCGUGUGUUGUCCUCUACUUCUUGAAUUAGUUAUAACAACCAGAAGAGCUUCAGCUUCUCCUUACCCGCCCCUGAGGGAGGUAACUAUAAUGCGGAUCACACCUAAACGACCAAGCAGGCCAACUGCCUAUCUUGGUUUUCUUGAAAUAUUCUGAAGAGAGAUCGAUGCCUUUAGAAAAGGAACCAUCUCUCAAACAUCACCCGUCUCUUGACAGACAGGAGCUUGACGACCGUUCUUACAACAUCACAGACUGCGGAUACCUCCAAUCAUAGUUCCUCUUCUAAUCAUAGUUCCCCUUCUAAACUAUCAGAGACUGCAUCUAAUCAUGGUUCCUCUUCUCUACGACGGGAUCAGGCGAAAAGGCACAAAGGCUAUCGUAGUCGGUCUAGGCGUGAGCAGGACUCAGGCCAAGGUUGGGGAUGCGGUGUUUCCCCGUUAUGUUGUGUUCACGUGAUCAUUUGGUCGCGAGCGCUUCCAUUUGUGAGAAGAUGGCUCCUUAGAUAUAGUGUAAUGGGAUUGAUCAGUAUUACUCAAAAAAAAAUAUCAAGCUCAUGAUCAGCCGCAUCCCGUUUGGCUCCUUUCUCUUCCUGCGCUCCUUUCUCGUUACUUUGUAACUACUUGGAAGAGCAACCCCUCUUUUUCUCCUUGUAUCUAUCAGGGCUCAACGCAAUAACUCACCUUCUGCGUACAUAGUUUCAGAAUCCAGAGAGGUCACUGAGCCGUCUACUGAGUUUUUGUGAGCCACUUUUCAUACCCAUCUGCUUGUGUUUACGAGCCACUGACUGCCGUACACGAAGCUCCUCCAGAAAGUGAGGUGGACAGCAAUGUUAAGGCUUCCCCUGGUCCAUGCAUCUUCAGAAGCAUAGGAAGUUACAUCUACGAAAGUUCCAGGAGUAGAAAUCUAUUGUAUCAAGUGUAAGAAGAACCAUAGGAGGCAAUAGGAGAUAAUGCGAGGUAUAUUGCAUGAAGUUCCACGAGUCACGAACAUUAAAAAGAAGUCCUAGUUAUGGUAGCAGCUGUGUGUCCUAUAUACGGUAAGCGAGACAAGUAUCAGGAUGCACCUCAAGCAUCGGGACAGCGUUGCGCUCUAACAACGAUGGCGGAGCCAGAAGUAUUGCUUCUUGGGCUGAUUCGUCCGUAGCGGACUCCUCGCUGUGUGGAUCAUCAGCAGGGCCCUCUACUAUUUAAGGUUAGGUAUCUUUUACUGUAAUUAACUGGCUAGGUAGUUUCAAUAAUUACUAAUUAAUUGCAAUUGCUAAAAAUUAACUAUUAUUUAACAGGCUAUUCUAUAGAAGCGCUAAGAGUAGCGCUCGCAGAGGCGGACCACUCAAGAUUCAGUUUAGUACUAGUCCCAUUCUGAAUGUAGCUCUAUCCUGAGCUUAGGCUCUUAGGCUGCAAACUGAACCACACUCGUCGAGAGGCCCAAGCUCGGGCUUCAAAAUCAAUGACACAUUAGAAAAGGUAGACUAAAUCAUGAAGACAGUGAUCAAAUGAUCGAUGAAGUCGUUACUUAGAAGAUGGCCACUCCAUAAGUUCUAUCGGAUAUUGCUGUACUAACUACUCUGUAAUGUUCUAUAAGUACAUCGGUUAAUGCUGUGGUGGUUAUGUUGAACCGCGACAGGGACACACACAUGGCAUAGCUCUAAGCUUGCCUCAGUACUGUAGGUUCUGGCAUAGCCAGACUUGCCCGGAGGUCCGUGUAUAAGGAGCAAAGACCCGAAGGGCACCAUCCAGGCGACGGAAAAGGGGGAGACUUAAGACGCGAAAUAGUCCUCCAUCCACGUGAUGGCAAGACAAUUCAUCUGCAAGUGCCAUUUCUCGUUGUUUCCUUCUGAGGAACCGCGACAUCGAGAUAUUAAUGGAACUAGACCCGCUUCCAGUCUACACUUAGUUCAAAAUACGUACGCUUAGGUACUGGUGUACUUCAAUUCAUCCUACUUCCCAGGACAUUGAUGAUAAAGUCUUAUCCAUAGAAAUGUCUGUUUCUGUGUUUGAGCGCUAAGAGAUCAUGGUCGAGCAGCAAGUAGUAGUAGCCGCCAGUGUAGUCAAGAUCGGGGAGACGAAAACCUCCGUAGAGGGGAGAGAGCAGAGAGAAGUGGUAGAGUUAAGUUUCUUCUGUUUCCUCCAUCUACUUAGGACAACUGCAGUUCUGCAGAAAUAUCUCCUUUACGCUCAUGGACCCGCACGUUGUUCUCUACGAGGUCGAAAGAUUAGGUUAUUGAUCAAGAGUCCUUCACCUUCUGGGGAACAAUAGUUAUUAUUCAAUUGUUUUCAAUUGUUUGGUCUUGCUAAUAGCUCAGAGUGGCAAUCUGAGACGCUCUAAUUAACGAUCAUCGUCUCCUGAUAGGGACACCGAUUCGCGUAACACCCGUGAAGUGAAGAAAUUGAGCAAGCUCCUGCACAAAUUCCAGAGACAGCUCUCAAACGCAAAGAAAGAGAGAUCUCCUUCGCCGCGACGUAGUCAUCCUAUGUUUAAGGCGAGGGAGGAGCGUCCUCUCUGUCUGUUUUAGUGCUUAGUAUGUACAGUUUCAAGAGCGUCUCUGUCUCUUUUAGUGCUCCUUGCUAAGGAGAUCUUAGUUCUUUCAAAUAGAUGCUGACACACUGUAUUUUUUGAAACUAAGUACAACCAUGUACAGUUCCAAAUAAUAGACCAUGUACAGCUACAUUGUUAGAAGCUAGUGCUAUUUUAUCUCGCCAGUGGUAGAGAAUGUUGACCACCAGAGGCGCACGAUGAUGAAAUAGAUAGGCACGACUUGCCGGGAGUUCAGGAUGACUACUUGUCACCUACAUCCCAUACUUCUAAGGAAUUUCUAGGUACAUCUUCUGCGCAUAGUUCUUGUUCUAGUGGAUUUAUAAGUAAAUUUGACAAAAGAAUACCUCUAAAACAGCUAAGGCACUACUCCAGAUGUCCAUCAGUCAGAACCUCUCAAACGUUGAUAAGCAUGCCGAGUCAACGUCUUCACCUAAGUGUUGAUUCGACAAGACUUCUGCAUCAGAAUCUCUCUAACAAAACAUGGUCACCAAGUUGUUCGAGUGCGAAUAAGUAGUAAGGUCGACUCUACUAUUAGCGAAGAACAUCUUCGCGACCUCUCUAUCUCUAAGAACUACAAAUACAGUGGCCAUAUACGGGAUGCUGACUCUGGUUAUGGCGGUAGCGAUGGGAGCAGUGCUUCGGGCUCGGCGUGUG